GUUACAGAGAAAACCAAUGCACAAUGCAGGUAAAGAAAAGACCAAAAAGGAGAUCAAAUGGUAAAGGAGUCCUUUCAGAGUUGAGGUUCAUAAAUGAGUAAAUGACACAAAGCCCAAGAGAGAGAGAGAGAGAGAGAGAGAGAGAGAGCAAAUUGUGGAGGUUGGGGACACAAAAAAUCAGUGCACAAAUCCAGAGAAGAUGAAAAGUUGUGUUGGUCUGCUAGUUUAAGUGCAACCAAUAAUACCUAAAAAUAAGGGAAAAGUUUUGCAUUUGGAGCUAUACUAUACAAGGAUCAUUGAGGAGUCAUCUUAGCAAUACUUUUUGAAGUGCAAGCAUGGAGGUGGGAUUGAUGCAGAGGCAAUGGGUCGAGUACACAAAAUCGCUAUUCAUGGAGGGUUUCUUGGACAGUCAGUUUAUAGAGCUGCAGAAACUGCAAGAUGAGGGAAACCCAGAUUUCAUAGUUGAAGUUGUGUCUCUUUUCUUUGAAGAUUCUGAGAGGCUUAUCAAUGAUCUAACCAGAGCUUUAGAUGAGGCUGAUGUGGACUUUCAGAAGGUUGAUGGCCAUGUUCAUCAGCUUAAAGGAAGCAGUUCCAGUGUAGGUGCACAGAGAAUUAAAAAUGUCUGUAUUGCUAUCCGCAGCUUCUGUGAGGAACAGAACAUUGAGGGGUGCCUGAGAUGUCUGCAACAAUUAAAGCAAGAGACCUGUCUUGUGAAAAACAAGCUUGAGAAUCUAUUCAGGAUGGAGCAACAAAUAGUGGCUGCUGGUGGGUCGAUCCGUACAACAGAAUUGGUAUUCUAAAGUCUGUCAAUAUUCCCUAAAGGCGAGAGGAAACUUCUACAAUUACAGUUCAUGGGAGUGUUGUUUUUCCAUUUUCUAGAGUAUCGUUCUUUUGUUUGAAGAGAUCUGUAUGAAAGUUUAAUGUGUGAGGAAGUGUUUUCUAAACCAUGCCACUUUCCUACGUGAUUGUCAAAUGAUAAAAAAAAAGGUUGUAUUUAAAAAUUCUGAUGCAGUUCUACAUUUACAUUGUGAACAAGACUUAGCUUGGCAUGUGGGUUUAUAGA